AUGGCUGCGCCGACGAACGGGCACGAUCUCAACUCAGAAGAGCGAGGUAAUGAGCAACAGCAAAUCAAGGCAAUAUCAACCGCCCAACGCAAGCGCAAGCGGAGUGAGGAGGAGCGGAAGAAGAAGGAGAAGGAGGAGGAGAAAAUUUUGUUGUCGCAAACAGAGAAGGAAGCAAUAGCUGCAAAGACCUACGCUGAGAACGAGAAGGACACGUUCGAACGACAACGUCAAUCUGUAGACAAUGAUUGGAAAGCACGCAUCGAUCUUUCUAUUGGCCACGCCGAUUUGGUCGUCGGCGACACAUAUGAGAGUAACGAACUCAAGGCCACCAGCCUACUCAAACGAGAUCUGACAAUCGCUGAGUAUGAGUAUCGUUUCGUCCGCUUGGACGGUGAGAGCGAGGCGGAGGUGAAGAGGCGUGUCAAAGCAUAUCGAGACAAGACUAAUUUCGACUUUGACCUGUCUGAUGAUGAUGACUACCUUCCGAAGGUGGUGGAUCCAGCACUGCUCUCCAAGAUAAGAGGCAAGUUCCAAGGUGGCUCUAUCGCGUAUCAUCAUGGCAAGUUCGUGGUGAUUCACAUCAUCGAUACCACCGAGGUCAGACGCUUCGAUGAUCCCAAGGUGCCAGUGGAGUUCUUUCUUGCCCAAGAUCUGCUGAGGGAGUUCGAUAUCCAAGGCUGGAGCGGCUGGAACGCAGGUCUCGAGCGUCCGAAGCUACGCAAGCCGUACUACACACAUGAAUGGAUCACGCACCACGCUGUAUAUGUUCCCCAGGCCAGCGAGACAUCCGCGUACGAGGCCAAACUAGAAGAUCUUAUCGAUGGCGGGCUCUACGAGCUGAUACCGGAGCUUCGUACGACCGAGGAAGAUGACAUGAAAGGAUUGUACCACAGGUGUGUCUACACACGCAGUUUGACACAUCGCAAGAUCAAACCAUGCGUCAAGCCGAUAACGCAAGACGAUCUCGAUCUGGCAACACGACUCGCAGAGAGAUUCAAGUGGAAGCACAGAGUCGGCAAGGAAAGCAGAGUCCGCCAUCUUGAUUCUGGCAGGAAGCCUGCUCUUGUGACACCUCACGUCAAUAUCAUUCUGGACCUCCUGGGCAUUCACGAAAGACCUGAGCAGAAUCCAGUGCUUCGGAACUGGGCGAUGUCAGGCGUCGGAGGUUUUACCUUCUGUCCUGCCGGAUUUCGUGGCCUCACUCGGGUUCCCAACAACAUCCCAGAACAGAUGCAGACCGUCGAGCUGGCACGCGAGGUCUGCCAAGCUCUGCACGCCGGCCCUCUACCACAGACAAAGGUUUGGUUGGCGGACAGCAGAUUCAACUGGCGCGGUAAAUGGCUCUGGACGGAUGCUUUCUGCAUCAAAAUCAGACAGAAGGAUCCAAAGAAGAAAAGGAAGAGCACCGAUAGCAAGAAGAAAGGCAAGGACCAACCACCGGACCAGAAUGAUGCGUCCGAUGCCAACGACACAGCCAAUGACGGGUCCACCAUGACAAACGAUAGCAAUGCAUCGACAGACCAGAGUCCAAGCAGUGAUGAUACUCUGCCGCGCAAGCGUCAGAAGACCGGCUCUGCUAGCGAGUCUUUCGCCAACGCCGCCGACCCUGCCGCCGACACAGUCAUCGACCGCCAAGCGGAAGGCGAUGCCGACGAGACAUCGCCGGUUAAGGCGGCAGGCGACGUGGCAGUGGAAGCAGUUGCACAGCAGCUGUUGGCCAUGGCAUAA